UGUCAGCAUAGCCUCCAUGACCAGAAGUUAUUAUGUUUAACUGCUAGCAUCUAGGAGUACUUCAUGUGCUGUGCUUGCAAGAAUGCCAUUUAAUACGUGGUCCAAGACCCUUAUAGGUUUAUAGUAAUAUUUUGGUCUCUCUGGAGGCAGACUCAGUGUGAUCUCCAUGGAACUGAGGUAACAGAGAGUGGCUCUUGGUCUGCAGUACCCGGUGUCCUAGCAACAGCAUGACCUGGCCCAGCCGCCAUGUUGAGGCCUGAGCCAGGCACUGUGGCAUUGCCACCCUCUGCGGUAGCCCUGGCUGCCAUCCAUCGCCUGCAGAGCCUGGAAAAACACGUGAAAAAUGAAGCCUGUACAUUCAGUGGGGAAGUUGUGCAGCAUCUUGAAGACAUUAUUGCUGCUAUUGAGAAAUUGGAGGAAAUGCGAAGGAAUACCAUUGAAUGCCUAGAAGAAGAGACUAUAAAAAACAGCAAGCUUCGCUUCAGAAUGCACAAUUUUCCAGGAGAGAUUGCUGCUGAGAUGACAGCUCUUGUUGCUGCAUCACGUGAAUCUGGUGCUGCUAAGAUGAAUCAGCUGCAGUCUGCAUUGAAAAACAUUGCUUAUGAAAUUGAAUUACUGGAUGAGAAGCAAACCCUUUGUGAAAGGCAGAAUGCUGCACUGUGUGAGGAACAAGAGCGCCUGCAGACACAGCAUAAAGAAAGAGUGGACUUACUGAAUGAAAGGAUGGCAACAAAAAUUAACACAAAUGUGCUCUUACUUGAGACUGAUCGUAAAAUAAGGGAUAAAGAAAGAGAAAUAAUCAGAGCAAAGGCAGCGUUAGAAGAACUACAAGAGAAAAUAGCUGAAAAAAUGAGGCAGCUUGAGAAAGAGAAGGAAGAAUGUGAUGGAAAGAAUAGAGAAAUGAAAAAAAUCCUUGAUGCUCAGGAGGAAAAAACUGAAGCGAAAAAGCGCACGUUUGAAAACCUGAAUAUAAAAUUAUUGGGCCUGCAACAUUUGAUAAGUCUGAAUUCAAAAGCAAUACAUAACGAGGAAAUUCUCAUUGCAAAACAGAAAGAGAAGAGUGAACAUUUGGAAAAAAAGAGGGAUCUUAAAAAGGCGGACAUGGCAGCAGCCUUGGAAAAGAAAAAUCAGAUUGAUUCUGAGUUACAGCUUUUACAAUCAAAAAUCGCUCAAGAAAAAGAGGAUUUUGAUCAGGAACUUGGAAAGGCUAAUGAAUAUCUACAAAAUGCUGAAUGCCUGAACAACAAACUUAAAUUGGAGAACAAAGCUGUGCGCCGAAAGUUUGAGCAGGCACUGGAAGAAGAAAAACACUGGGCCAGGAGAAGAGAUGAGAUGGAGGCAAAAUUGGGGAGGUUAUCCCUUCUGUUCAAUGAAAAGCUUGAAUUUCUAGAAAAACUUGUGAUGAAAAAGAAUGACCUGGAGAAGGAAACUGAACAUCUUGAAGACAGCCUAUUAAUAUCCAAGGAAAGUAAUGCAAAGGAACUGGUAUCUCUAGAGCAAAAGUUGAAGGCAGAAAAUAAGAUGAGAUUGAUGCUUCAGUGGAAGCUACUGUACUUAGCAAAGCGAAGAAAACUCUUUUUCUUGGAGGAGGAGAAUAUAAGCAGAAAAGUGAAUGAAAGGAUAGAGACUGGUGAGAAAAGGCAUGCCAAACUACUUCUGGAGACCAAAGAGCUUGAAAAAGAACUUCUUCAGUCUGAAAACCAGAUCAAAGCGCUGACUGAAGAAGCAAUUAAGAAAAAAAAUGAUUACAGGAAUUAUAAUGAAGAUUUUACUAACAAAAUAAAAUAUCUGGAGAAUGACAUCAAAACUGCAAGUGAAAAUCUUCUUAAAACAGAACACGAGUUAAACGUGAGCAGGCUAGCUUUGGAAGAAACCCAGAAGGAAACAGAAGAGAAGUAUACAGAAUACGAAGAGUUGAGGAAAUCAUUUUUAAAAAAGAAAGAUGAAGAGGUACAAACCAAAAGAGCCAUUCAGAAAUCAAUCAAGACUACUGGGAUGCUCAAGGAGGAAAUUCCAGAGCUACAGAGGCAAUUGUGCAUCAAGCGUGGUGCUGCAGUUAGCCAGCUGAAGCAUCAAACCGAGAGUAUGAAGUUGCUGGAAAGAGACAACUAUGAGAUCAACAGAAAACUUGACAUUGUGAACGCUGAGAACUGCAGAUUGAAAUUAUGCAACGCGCAGAUGAAAGAAGAAAUCUUUGCAAUGAAUGCUGAAGCAGGCGGCCACCAGUCAGCAAUCGUGAAAAUUCGGAAUGACCUGGCAGUGCUUCGCGGUCUUCUCCUGAAGAGAUGGUCAGAGGACAGCUCUAUUCAGAAGGAAUUUCUGGAGAACGAGCAGGAAAUUCUGAACGCAGUGACAGCCCUACUAAGAAAAAUUCAGCAUCGAGAGAAAAAGAUCGGUGACAUUAACAGCAGGCUACGAAAUAGUCUGGAAGGACUGGAUUCUCUAUUUGAAAAAAAAUCUAGAAUGGACGAUGAUGGUAAGAUCCACCACAACUCUUCUUUUCCACCUUUUUUUUUUUUUUCAGUCUUAGAGGAGUUCUAUUCCAUUUGUUCAUUCUUGGCAGUUUGUGAUAAAGCACAAGUUGUACAGCUGGGUUAGGUCACCCUACUGCAGAUUUAGACUUAGUGGUAAGGCUGGUGCAUUUUUUAAAGAACUGGGCCUGAAUAUUAGCACUACUAGUAGCCUGGGUGUUAUUGUCAUCUUUAAUUUCCACUUCUUAAAGGCUUGUGAUAACAACAGCAAGGGGACUGUAAAAUAGUCUGAGCAUCACUGAUCUUUCCAGAAUUAUACGUUUGCUUUUCCUCAAAGGACAAAUAAAACUAACAAACCCCAGCUCUCACAGCUUGCUGUCACAUGGUUACCACUGCAGGACUGUACGGUUAAUUAAUGCUUAAGUUGCUUAGGAUUUUACUUGUGGGCAAUUUAUACUGCCCUAGUGCUGUCUAGCAGGAGGUGUUGGGGUGGUGUUAUUACACAGGGCCCUUAAAUGCACACAAGCCAAACCACUUGCUUCAGUUCCUCUUUUCAGCUCUAAUCCUACAGAUUUCUGCUUUCCUUCUCGGUUCACAGGGACCUUGUUCGUAAUGAGUCCCACGUUUGGUCACUGUAUGACCGCUGCCUUGUUACUGAAUGCGGUUUUUAAUUGUGUUGUAGAGCUGAAGUACUGUGCUAUUCAGGCUGCUUUGAAUUCGUUGGGUC